AUGUUCGUGGUGGAGUUCGUCGAGGUACAGAUGGAAGAUAUCGAAGAGGAAGUCAUCCAGAUGGACCAAGUCCUGAUGAACGACGAUAACGCAGAAAUGGUCGAGGUGGAGUACGUCGCAGUACAGAUGGAAGAUAUCGACGAAGAAAUAGACCAGAUGGACCAAGUCAUGAUGAACGACGAUAACGUAGAAUUUAUCGAAGUUCGGAUGGACGAAGUCCUAAUAGACGUUGACGAGGUAGUACCAGGAGAGAUGGUGGACAACAAUGAGGGGAUGCAACUUGAAAUCGAAAUGUUACUCCAAGGCGUCGAUGAAGAGGUCAGUGAAUAUUUCUUCAUAUUACUUAUAUCUAUGUUUGUUAAAAUUUUAUAA